GCAAAGCAACUCAAUCUGAAACUCGCGCGCGGUGGUUGACUACGUACGUCCAGUUGACGCGCUAAAACAUCGAUAGCGAAAUAAAAGCAUACAAAUUCAACAAAACAAUUCGAAACAUAGUGAAACUAUUGCACGAAAGGGACAAUACAAUACCAUUGGGAUUCCUGUUUUGUGAUGUUCGGUUCGUGACUGGUACAGUGUUAUUUUUGUAGGAUCGUAAAGUUUUUUGUUGGAACUUUUCACCGAACCCGAGCCAUGUGACUGGGAAGGAACGUCGAAUUAAAAGUGAUGUGGUGGUUACUGGCACUAGUAUGUCUGACGGCAAGCGGCGCAGGCGGCACGCCCUGCGAGGAGGCCCGCAUGCGGUGCGCCUACCGGGCCGGCUGCGGCGCCGCGCUGAACAACUAUAUGUAUCUGUGCAACGAGGUGCUCACCAAGCCCAUCAGCUCGUGCCCCAAUGAGUGUGGCCACGCACUCAUCGCACUCACGUCCACUGAAGAGGGGAAGGAGCUAAUGAAUUGCCAAUGCGAAGACGAGUACUGCUUGGAAGCAAAACAACGGAUCGACGUCUGCAGGCCAUUGGUGAUGAGAGGCGCUGCCAACGCCACAGCGUCCUGUAGACUCUCGCAGCUGAUCUGCUUAGCUGACGCGCAAUGCGCUACGGCUCUGAGGUACUACAAGGAACUCUGCAGAUCAGUGUACCGCGGCAGAAAGUGCUCCAACAAAUGCCUAAACUCCAUACAAAUUCUUCGCAAGCAGGAGAAAGCUGCGGCGCUUCAAGCGUGCCACUGUGACGGCAACGAAGACUACGAUUGCCCCAAAAUGCAGAACAAUCUAGCUAGAUUAUGCUUUCACAAGCAUUCGAAGAACCUUACAAACAACUACCAGAGAGGCUACGAAGAGAGGCACAAGAAACAUCACCCACAAGUGGUCUCCUCAGCGAGUUCUGUCACCACAUUUAGUGCAUUAUUUAUACUUUGCACAUUUUUCAUGAUUAAGCAGAACACGUGACAGUGAGCUUUGAGGUCUACCUCAUAAUUGUAGUUAAACUAUCGAAUUAAGUUUUGUAAAUAUGUAUAGAUCAGUAUUUUAAAUAAUGUUGUAUUUAAUGGAGGAUUUGCAAGGGAUCGAAUGUAAAUGAAAGUAUAUGUAGUGUGUUUGCGUUUAUUAUAAGUUAUCAAGAGGCUUAGUUAAACAUGAUCUAAAGUUUAAUGAUAUAAAUUAAAUAUGUAGUCAUAGUUUCGCUGGCCCAUUGAUCGAUAUAAUUAUCGUUACCAGGAGCAGCCUAUUCAGUAAAGUUGAAAUUAAAACAUCGCUCAUUUCAAUAGCAAUUUCGUUGAUAGGGACAAUUUAUUUUUGGCUUCCCAAACAAAUAAAGUUCAAAUUCUAAGAAAACUUGUUGAAGGCUAAUAUUACAACUCCGAGUAUAAAAUAGCAGAAUGAAGAAUCACACCGCCUGGUACCUAUAAUUAAAUCUACGAAGUAAAAUCGGUACUACACUAGUUGGGUUACAGAUUCAUCUCGAUGAUUUCAAGGGUUAGGGACGGAAUUACAUAUUUCAUGCAGGUGUACCAAUUAUGUUACCCUUCUGUCAUCUCGUUAAUCUCAUCGCCGGUAUCGGUACUUUUAGAUAAUAUCGUGUCGUUCCAGAUUGUCGGUCAUGAUUUUGUUGAUAUCGGGUUGAAAAAUCAUCCGUUUGGAGUAGUGUUUGCAUUGUAGAUAUUGCCAGGGGCGCAAAAUAUGGAUAAAGUCGUACUUUAGCUACAUACACAUCGAACUUCAGCCUUAACGUAAUAGUCAUUCGAAUUAAGUAAUCGUGAACACAUUCUUUCAUAUCCCAUCCGUACAGUCUUGACGGACCAAGCACAUAAGUCAUCCAACGGUGAGUGGAAAGUCGUCUAUAAACAUAAUAACACUUCGUAGACCAUGCAAGGAAUACGUCCUACAAAGUAAUGCACUGUAUUUAUCCUAGGACGUAAUUAUUAAGUCACGUGUGACUGUCAUUACACCUUUAGAUCUGAACAAGCAAUGCUGCUCGGAGGCAGAAUUGAACAGUAGGUAAUAUUCCAAGGUGAUUUCUGUUACAACUGAGUUGCAACAUCAUCCCAUCGCAAAGUCAAUCUUGUCCAGACACACUUCAGACUUCAUCCGUAACGUUUAACCCGAAUGAAGUUGAAGUGAACACUGCUCUCCAGUCUCCACGAAAUCAUCUAGUUGCAAUCAUAUUGACUGGGUAGGGUCCUCAUCACAUACACUUCAGACUUCAUUAGUAACGUAAUAGUCAUCCAAAUAAAGUUCAUAACAAACACAGUUUUCCACGAGCGCAUGGUCAUCUAGUUGCAAAAUCCAUAUUGGUUGGGUAGUGUUCUCUUCGCACACAUUUUGGACUACAUACGUAACGUAAUACCUAGUAAUCCUAAUAAAGUUCAUAGUGAACACAGCUUUCCACGAGCGCGUGAUCAUCUAGAUGAAAAAUCCAUAUUGGUUGGGUAUUGUCCUCUUCGCACACACUUUGGACUUCAUCCGUAACGUAAACUUCACCCGAAUAAAGUAACGUAUAGAGCUCAUAAUGAGGACAGCUCUUCACUCAUCUAGUUGCAAAGUCGUAUUGUUCUCUUCUCACACGCUUCAGGCUUCAUCCGUAACGUAAUAGUCAUCCGAAUAAAGUUCGUAGUGAACAGCCGCCCACGGGCGUAUGCGCGGGCAUCUCCCCGCUAUAAAUACAGCGGCGGCGCCGGUGGUCCGGUGACAAAUGCAGGGUUGUUCCUGCCGCGGCGCCACGCCGAUUGAUCUACAGCCCGGCGCGGUAACGCGACUUGUCAGACACACGAAUAUACUCACCCACUCUUCGUCGUAUAAGCUGAUCGCAUACUAAUCAGCACGCACUGUGUCGCCGCACGCGCUGUGUUGCCGCACGCGCCGAAUGCAGCUCACUUUUGGGCACUAAAUACACAUGUAUGGAUUACUUUAAAAGUUAAAUCUUGAAUAGGAUCUCACUUUAUCUUCAGGCCGCAGGCCACCCAGGUCGCCACUGAGAGUGUUGAUGGUGAGCUAAGGUACACUGCAUACCAUAUGCAUGCAACCUAAGGUGUCGAUUCGCAACCUUGAUUUAAUUAAUAAAUUCCCUGGCUGGUUCCUUUGCAGUUUCAUUACGCUGAAUAGCUUAGUGGUACGUUAUUUUUUCUUUAGCGUGGUAGCUGGUCAUGGCCCAAAUUCCCUCCAGAACAGACCUAAGCUAAUUUAGAAAUUACCUAUGAAUCGAACCCGAGACCUCUCAGUUUUAGAACAAUGCAAUUCCAUUGCAGACAACACCACCAAUGCUGCUGUUGUCGAAAUAUUAGACCGGUUUGUUGGCUUAUCAACUUACUUCUUGAUAUAUGUAAUUAGUUCUCUAUAACUUUAACGAUUAGAUUUUUUUAUUACGUAGUCUACAAAUUAAGUCUAAUUUUGUAUUAAAAUUGUGACAUCUUACAAGUUUAAGUUACUUAAGUUUUAGACUGUGACGCAUAUUGGUUCUGGAAUGAUGAUCUAAUUUCUAGUGCGUCUUCGAACAUCAUCAAAAUUUUUUGUUGCGGAUCACGUUUAGUGUGUGUUCAGCAUCAAAUUAAUUUAGAUCAUUAGAGAAUGCAAUCAUAUAGUCAAGCGAUUAACUAGAAUCGGGGAAGUGGAUGACUGGAGUGGCUAAUUCCGGCGGGCGAAACACUAAUCGCCUUUCAGUGAUAUAGACGCGUUACAAAUAUGCGGGAUGGGAUGCCAGCUACUUGUUAUUUGUUUUUUACGAUUUCUCUUCUCUGACAUCCUCUUUAGAUGUUGGCCUUAAUAGAUGCGGUUCAUUAAUAAAUAGCUCGAUGAAAUUUAUAUUGAUCUACAGGCUAUUUCCGUACCUUCUUUGAAUUGCGGUAAACUUUUCUUCGUCUUUCACGUUCGUUUAAUAGCUAACAUUAAACUAUGUCGUGAUCUAGAAUGUAGCGAAACAAAUCUAGUAAACGCUGAGAUGUGAUUACAGGAGAAAUGAGGCUACCUUAAUAAUACUACAAGUACCUUAGUAUAUACUUAGCUGUGAGGCUUGUGUUAUGGUUUCUACAUCAGCAUUUAGUGAUUUGAGCUAGCUGACAGUUCUAUCGUUUAUUAUUUGUGAUAAUAUAGCUCUAGAUAACUACGUGGAAUAACUUUUGUUUUUUAGAACAAAAUAAAUUACAUCUUUGGUCUUCGUUAAACGUUAACCCUAGGUAGAUGGACGAUAGUAUCAAUUCAAUUUACUGGGCGCACCUUGUCACUUGUUACUGCUUCUGACGCUUUAUGUUGAAACUAGUACUCUGUUGAAACAUGAGUUGAAUUUUAUAUUAAAUCUACCGGCUAUAGUUCAAUAUUGCACAAAAUAAAAACAUUGGCAUUGCUGAUUUUAGACAGAAAAAUUUCGGUUUCAUUUUAGUUAAGUUUUGCAGUUUGCUUUUUUAAAUUAACUUUAUUUAUUUUUAUUUAGGUAAAUCAAUUAACUAUUAUACUAACGGCUACUUAGAUUUUAUAUAAAGAUAUUCUAUAUGAACAUAUCUAAGACGUUUAUUUAGAUACUCUCCAUAUCUAUGAUUUAAAUAAUACUAAUGAUCCGUUAUCGAGUUCACUCUAGUAUAAUAAUCUCUCACUCUUCACACUUCUUUCAUUAACCAUUCUUAGUUUUCUUUUCUGCUUCUUUGUGAAUGAUCUUGUUUUGUUUGCAUUAUUCACUGUAAAUAUAUUCCUAUAACACUGUAAGUAAUGUAUUCAGUAAUGCUAUAGGUAUUCCACGAUUCUAACAUUUAUUUUUACUGUGAUGUUGACGUAAAUGGCAAUCUUAAUUUAAAAUACACCGUGAAAUAUACACGUCGUGAUAUUUCCAUGAAGAGUCACGGAGAGGAGUUAAAAUCGUGGUUUCUUUGCACGUUAGGCUUGGUAUACACAGCUUGCUGACUUAUAAUAGGCUUUAGACACUAUUAUAGGCAAUUCUAAUUGUUUUUGACUCUUUAAUAUAGCAUGACUAUUAGUUUAUUAGCAUUUCUAUUAAAUAUUACUGUGUAUUGUUGGACACUUUAUCAGGUAUUAAGUAGACCUAAUUAGAAUAUCUCCUGGAACAUGGAUUUUUUUCUUUGCUAUUCCACUAUCUAGUUUAUAUAAUUUGCAUGUGAUUUGAUUAUAGUGACAGAAAUACUAAUGUAUAAUAUCUUUAUGUAUAUUGAUUAUUUCAAAGACUACGAGUAAAUAACACGAUUUGGAUAGUAGGUAGUUAGUACAUGAUACAGUAUGAAAAUGAUAACUGUAUUAUUAUUAACUGUAGGUUUGCAAAGCGUAGCUUGAUCAACUUUUUACUAAAAUGUACUCGUAUGUUUCUAAUACAGUCGAGUAUAUUACACAGUCAACAAUAUGAAUAAGAGUAGAAAAGCUUAGUUUAUUUUACAUUUUUUUCUAUUCAAUUAACGUUUGAAACUACUAAACUUUUAUAAAAUUUGCCCAAGUAACAUUACAAACACAUUAUGAACAAUAUUUUUUUUUUUUUAUUCUUUACAAGAUAGCCCUUGACUACAAUCUCACCUGAUAGUAGAUGAUGAUGUAGUCUUAGAUGGAAGCGGGCUAACUUGUUAGGUUCAUCAUCAAUACGUAGGUUUUGUUUAACUGAGAUCAAAAAUCAGUGACAGUUAUAACAAAAUUGCGAAUACAAUAAAAAUGUAAAACAUUAUGAGCGUUAGUUAUUAACAGUAAAUGUACUUUGUCCGUGUAUUACUACCCUUACUUUUGUGGUCUCGUAAUGAAGAGGUCCGGAACCGGUUUUGACCAAGCAAGGUCUUAUAAACAGACAAAUACGAAACUCAGCUUGGUUUAUAUAGACUCCAAAAGUUUCAACAAUAAAAAUAAUGAUUUAAACUUUAUUCCCGCUGAUUCUAUGGAAAUAAAUAACUAAGUAUAUAAAAAUAAGUUUUGUUGAGAUUGAUAUGUAAGUAUGAUAUGAAAGUAAUGGUUAAAAAUACAGAUCUUAUGGUAUAUUAGCCAUAUCAAAAUAAAUGCAACAAAAGGUAUGUAUUAAAGGAACACUAAUCUAUUAUUGAAAGACAAUACCUACUCGUAUUAACACCUCUUAGGCGUAUCGAAAAGUGAAUAAUGCAAGCAAAGUUGACGGUAAUAGGUAGUUGAAAUAUUCGAAACGGUUAUUCAGAAUGGUCUACAAAAGGUGUAGAAGUCUUUAUAAACGUAUACUUAUUUAUUUAUCAAGACGUUAAAGUUCUUGAAGAAGUUAACCAGGUGUUCAAUAAUUAUUAUUUAUUAGUUCAACAGGUGAGAUCAUAUCAACUUUCUGACUUGUGCUCGACUUUUCUUUUUGCCUUUAGUUUUUAUCUUUAGGAUCCUUGGAAGUUCCUGGAUCCUUUCCCUCUACAACAUCUUGUUUGUGUUUCUCUCCGAUUGUUGUCAUGUAAGAUGAUACGCUUAACAAAAAGUGUGUUCGGGUUUUUAGAGUACCGUAGUAAACAAUAUGGAUCUAUUUACCGUCAUGGUUUCGCCCUGUUUGUGUGUGCGUUGUGUUUGUUUGUGUAAAACUGGUAAGUUUAGGAAAAGUUCCGUAGAACUUUUUUUUAAAUUCAACCGAAAUAAUUUUAUAAUUGUUAGAAUUUGGUAAUAUUAGUUAGGUUUCAGUGUUAAUAUAUUAUUUUUAAUUCUACGGAGAUCUUUACUGCUAUUCGAACUUUAGAAGCAGCAGCUUGGAAUAAGGAUUUUGUGCUCAACCCUUAUUACUCGACGAUCUUUAAGCCAGGAGGUGCGUCGUCUGCCAGGUCUUUGUAUUCCUUGGAUGUUGUAUAUUACGCUGCAAAAUCUGAUAUUACAUAUGUUCCCCAGAUAUAGUUUCCUGCUUUUAAUUUUCCAUGAGCUUCCGGUUUUCCGGUAAUUUUCUGCCACCUUGUAUAUCCAUAGUAUUCAGUAGUAAAUCCAAGUAGGUUUGGAUAAGUAAAACUUUAUUGUAGAUGCCAUGCAGAAAAGUGUUUCAGUUAAAGUGUUAACUGAAUAAGAUAAUCCCCUUAAUAUUAAGUGCUGUGUUUGUCAAAAGCCUAUUACAUAACUUUUAUUUUCAUAUAGCACCACCCUCAAAACAACUUAUAAUGUAGUAAAUAAGAGCACAUUGUGGCGGAAAACUACGGAACCCGUCAAACGUUCGGUCGGUUUUAUUUCGAAAUAGGUUGUUCUCAGUAUAACUAAAAGUUUUUUUUUAAUUUGUCACGUCUUGUUGCGUUCAGUUGCCUCACAUGUUUAUACUUUAGUUUUAUCCGGAAGGGAUUUAUCUUUUAUAUUUUUAGCAAUGGCAAUGAAAAAAUACCAAAAACAAUAAACUUCAUUUGUUAACCAAUUAGCAAAAGGCGUUAAAUAAGGCAGUAGUUUGUCUAUAAAAAAGGUGUCACUUUUAAAGUGUGCUUUUGAUAAAAUCAUCAUUCACUUUGUAUGCAGCCCACAAGAAAUGUUUUACUUAAGUUCUGUCGCCAGAAAUGUCGACCGAAUACGAAAUUCAAGUGGCGAUAUUGUAGCGAAUAUAAAUUAAACUGCAUUUAUCUUUUUACUUUGCGUUUUUUGGUGCGUGAAAAAUAUCAACCAGCACUGGUUUGACAUAUAUUCUUAUUUUAAUUCUUUACAUGUUAGCCCUUGACUAUAAUCAGACCUGAUGGUAAAUGAUGAUGCAAUCUAAGAUAGAAGCAGGCUAUCUUGUUAGGAGUAGCAUGAACAUCCAUACCCCGGUUUCUACACGAAUGGUUUCUUACAUUCUAGCACGAGGCAUUCGAACUGUCUUGUGUAGGACUCAAGUGCUAUUUCAGAUGAGUUUCCUUCUAAGCAACAACUUUAACCCUAAUAAGUUCACCACUCUCCUUCUUAUCUUAAACUUGAAAACACUUUAACACAAAUAAGCGCUACGUAACUAAACUCGCAAAUCCAUAAAUGAUGCAUAUUUGUAGAUAUUAUCUAACUUAUAUAAUGUUUCUGAUUUUUACCUUUCUCAUAUGAUUUUGUGGCCAUUUUUCCUUUCAGAUUGCAAAUACUAGACUGCCAGAUUUUUCUUUUAUUGUACCAUAUGUUUACAUGAUACAACAAAUGUUUUAAUGUUGUACAAUCAAAUUAAAAUCAUUAUAUUUUGUGUGUGUGCUUGAGUGUGUAUGUGUGUUUAUGUGUGUGUGUGUGUGUGUGUGUGUGUGUGUGUGUGUGUGUGUUUUGUCAUUUGUGUAUGCUUCUUCUAGUUAGUUUUUAGAUAGUAGACUGGCUGUCAUAAUGUCGGUGUUAAUUACAUUCUUAAUUAGUUAUAGUAAAAGAAUCUAUGCAUUCAUUUUUAGUUUUAUGUUCUGAUACAUAUUUUAACGAAAAUAUAUGAAAUAGUAUUAUAUUUACAUAAUGUUUGACCCAUUAACCAUAAUGCCUUAGUCCUGAAUGUUCUGGGCAUGUUUUUAACACAGCUUCUUCUUUGUUAGUGAAGUAUAAAUAAUUCACGUAUUCAUCAGAUAAAGCAUGUCUAGCAUGAAAAACAUGGUGAAUUGUCAUUUGAAUCAUUAAAUACUUAAUAAAUAAUUUGCAGGCCAAAUUGGCAAGAUAUCGCCAUCUACAUCUACCGACCACCUGUAUAUAUAAUGCAUGUAUCUGCAAAUAAAUAAAUUGAUUGAUUGAUUGAUUAUUACUACUAAGUAAAUCAAAUUAGAGACAACGCAAAAGCAAAAUUGUUUCUACCAUUUUUAGUUAUACUGCUAUUUCUAUUUAUUCCAUCUAUGUGUAAGUUAUUAUUUCAUUUAUUUAUGUUAAAAUAGAAAACCCUAUUAACCACAGUUUACCAAAGUGAGAUUAUUAGAAUAAAUCGGAAAUUGUAAAUAAAUGUUAUGUAGCAUCGAAUAUAAUGGUAAUCGUACAAAGUAUUGUAGGUUUAUUAAUAUAAAAUUAUAAUUAUUUAUUUAGUUAAGUUUAGCGUUUAAGGAUUGUUGCAUUUGUUUCGUUUUCGUAAAAUCUUUUAUUUUUAAGAAUUUCAGUUGUAUUUAUUUUCUAAAUUUCCAAUAAAUUUGUCUGUUUUCUA